AUGAAAGCAGGAGGCGUGCUUGUUUUCUUGGUGCAGAUUCUGGCAGGCAGGCUGGCGCAUGGCAGUGGCCUGGCGAUGGAGGCCCAGGGCAUGUGCAAAAGAACGUGCGAACUAUCAUCCUGGAUCGGCAAUGUGAACGAGCGUGAGAGAAUGGGGCUAUUGAGGUCAGUAGAAAACACAACAAACCAUUUAAUCAGCGAUACAAAUAACGCGAAGUCUCCGGCCAUGAUAUGCGUUCUCAAAUCUUUGAUUGGAUUUGCCCCAACGCUCAGAGAAAGGAGGCCAAUUUUAAUAGAACAUGUGAGGCAUCUGGUUUCUUGCAUUGAGUGCUACUACCUCCGCCCGAUUGUUGCAGAGGACACAGGCUUUCUGGAUGGCGCUCUGCUGGGCGAACUGCGCUGGGCGAAUUUCACAAUAAACAAUCUGUGGUGCCAACAGAGCGACAUUGUGAGUGCCAUUCUGGUGUACUUUAAGCUGGCUGUUAACAAGGCGAACAGAGCUUUCAUGUGCCUUCUUAUAGAGAGAAAUGCACCCGACACAAUGGGAGCGGGCCUGAAAAGCCUGUGCGAUGUAAUAUGCAUGUUCUUCUAUCUUCUAAGGUUCCUGCGGGCUGACGUCGAGAACGUAGAAGAUCUGCAUAUAUUUGUGUCUUGGAAAGUAUACGAAAAAAUAGCAGGCAUCGACAUGUGCAGCGAAAGCGAGACUUCUUGCUUUAGCUUAGAAAACCUGCCUUCGUAG